CGCAAAGCAGGUCUCCAGCCCCCGCGGUUUUCCGCUAGCGUCUCACUGUCACCAUAGCGACUGGGCCUCUGGACGGAAGAUCCUGGCUGCCUUGUCAACAUCUUUGAGCAUCGGCAGCACCAGAGGCCGGGGUAGGAAACUAUGUAAAAGAAUUGUCUGAUGUCAUAAUUUCUUGGUGUCACUGGAACACUUCAUCAUCAUUCCUUUGGCAAUUCCAGUCUUUUAUGGAAGGUCAGUAGAAGCAGUUGACUUACUCACCUCUACAGGAAUCAGACGCAGCCUAUUUUGGUUUUUUGUGAAUUAUGCCUUUACGGUUUGGGACCCAGCCAAGGAGGUUUCCAGUUGAAGGAGGAGAUUCUUCGAUUGGACUGGAGACUGGAGUGAGCGCCAGUGCUGCCUGUAACGGGAAAGAGAUGUCACCAACUAGGCAACUCCGAAGAUGCCCUGGAAGUCAUUGCCUGACAAUAACUGAUGUUCCCAUUACUGUCUAUGCAACAAUGAGAAAGCCACCCGCACAAAGCAGCAAGGAAAUGCAUCCUAAAUAG